AUGGAGGUUCCAAGCUCUGAGGAAGUAGUUCAAUUUAUGAACUCUUGUCUCUCUCAGAUCAAAUGGCGACUUAAAUCCACUUCCAAACGCCGCCUCGAAAUAGAUGUGCUGGCAUUAUGCACGGGAAUGAGACCAGUAGUGAUGAUUGACUAUGGUGGAAAGUUGCCUGAGCUACAAGAUCGCUUGCUCUCACUUCUUGAGCUUAUCCAAGAGGGUUUACCAAUUUUCAAAGAUCUGAAGGUUAUGGUCAUAGAAGAUAUGAUUUACCUGAUAAACGUAAGAAGAAUGCCCAAGUUUGUAAGUUCGAGCUUAAAUUCUGAACCUGAAUUGUUCUUUGUCGACUUGGAACAAGACCCUCCAAAGAUGGUAGAACAAAGCAAGGAUAGCAAUCUAGGAAUGCAGCUUAGAUCGAUUCAGGAACAAUUCUCUUUGACAUUUCCUUUAGAAGGCAUCGAUAAUGAUACCACUGCAACAGCAGCUGAUGAGGCUAAAUCUUCUCAGUCUUCUUUAUGCAUUGAUCUUAGUUGUUGUUUACAAGACACUAAGGUUACAAUCCCAACCUUAAACGGAUGGCUCCUGGACUAUCCGGUUGUGUAUUUAUUUGGCACAGAUCACAUAGAAGAAGCAAUCUACAACCUAACAACCAAGUCUCUCCGCAUAUUCAAAGUUCAAGUCCAAAGGAACGGGACCACUGGGGACUCCCCUUUAGAAGAGCUGACUAGUUUUUCGGUGCCAUAUGAUCUGAGUAUGGAAGGUAGCAAGGAAGUGUGGGCUGAAACAUUUCUGGAGCGGAUGUGUUCGAGGUGGGAAGAAUGCAAACAUAUUUGGAGAUCUUUGGAUAUGGAAGUUACUGAAUGUUAUCCUCAAGCAAUUGUUCUUUAA